AUUCUUCAAACUUUUGUUAUACCCAGCCAUUCUACCGUUCGAUAAAUACAAAUCGAAUUCUUCCGCCUCGAUUUAUUGACUGAUUGCAGCGCAGAGCGCUGUCAAUUGCAACACAAAUAAAUCACGGAUUCCGAUACAAAACGCGCAAAUUGAAAGAAUCGUCCUGUCGCAUAGCGCUUAUCGCAUGAGUCUACCUUCUUUUUGACGCAACCCUCUACCGAAUGCAAUCUACCAAAUUUCUCAGAAUGGCAGCAUCCCGCCCCAUUUUGGACGGUGUAUUUGGCAUCCAUAAGCCAAUGGGUAUGAGUAGUGCCCAGGUAAUCCGAGAUUGCCAACACCACUUUAACCCUUCAGAUUUAUUCAAGCCAAUGAUAGACCAAGAGAAGCAGAUCAGAGAGAAUGAAUCGAAUACGAGGAAUAGGCGACGGGGAAACAGCAAGAGGCAUAUUCAGGUUAAGAUCGGACAUGGUGGCACCCUUGACCCUCUCGCUACCGGCGUCGUGAUUCUUGGUGUUGGAAAGGGCACAAAAUACCUCCAGUCCUUUUUGGACUGUACAAAGGAGUACGAGACCGUAGUUCUUUUUGGUGCUAGUACCGAUACCUAUGAUCGAGUCGGCAGGAUCCUCAAGAAGACUGCCUACCAACAUGUCACUCGACCCAUGGUUGAAGAGGCUCUAGGCUCUUUCCGGGGCAAGACGCAGCAGAUUCCUCCUAUCUUCUCAGCCUUGAAAAUGGAUGGUAAGCCUCUUUACGAAUACGCCCGAGAAGGGAAGGCAUUGCCACGAGAAAUCCAGGCUAGAGAAGUGGAAGUGACCAAGAUCGAAUUGGUUGAGUGGUAUGAACCUGGUGAACAUUCGUAUCGUUGGCCUACUGAGGAGGCCACUGUCUUCGAACGUAAAUUUGCGGAUGACGUUUUUAAGAUCAAGAAACAUCAAUCUACGACGGUUCAACUCAGUCCAGAGGAGAAGGAGGAAGAGACCAAGGCACUGAAGGCGCAUGAGAUCUUCAAGCGUAAGGCCGAUAAGAGUGUAGAUGCCCUCGUCUACGACCAAGUCAACAACAAGCGUCAAAAGACGACAAAGAAAGGAUCACCGAUGUUCAUGUCGGGAGCUUUAGGCGACCCCCCUCCAGCGUCUCCGAAGCCAGGAAGAGGAUCGAAUCUGAUCCCAGAGUCUGAUCCGGACGCGGCCGUUCCGUGGGAAGACGAGGGUCCUCCUGCUGCGAGAAUUCGCAUGACUGUGACUUCUGGUUUCUAUGUCAGAAGUUUUUGCAAUGACCUUGGCAUGAUGGUCAACUCCUCGGCCAUGAUGGCAGAGCUGUGCAGAUCACGACAAGGCGACUUUGUCUUAGGUAGUUCCAAUUGCAUGGAGUAUUCGGAACUCGAGAAGGGCGAGUCUGUGUGGGCACCUCAAGUCAAGGAUAUGUUGUCCCAAUGGAACAGCGAAGCACGAGGCAUGCCCUCUCAACAGCCCCUGAGAAGUCUACAGAACCCGGUGUCAUCUUCACCCAUUCAAGACCGUAAGUCUGAGGUAAAGGACAAUGAUGACGAAUCAAGUGCAGUGAAGAACCCUACUGCGACGACUUUAGUAUCUAGAGAAGCCGCUCAGCCGCAAGCAGAGAAUGGCGUUGAAAAAAAGACGCUCAAGAAUGUUUCCGUCGUCGCCUAAUCACGUACUAAGGAAACGCGCAUUAGCGAAGAGGUCUUGAGUAAGGUAUCCGACGCCGUUACUACACGAACCCCACACACUCAUCUCCUACUUUAAGGUUAUUUCUAGGACGUGGGCGCGUCUUAUUGCGGAAGGGUCAUAUUUGGAGGCGGCUUAGGAUUAUUCACGAGAGACGCAUUUGCAUUUGUAUUUUGUUGCAUCGGUUAGGCGUUAGGGCUUAGUCAUUUGCAUACGAAGCGCCGAAGGCGCUACGAGGUUUGGCCAGAUACCUACUCAGUGCCAAGUGAGCUUGAUUUCAAUACAACUCUUUUCAACUCAUUGUCUACAUUAUGAAUUACCAAGUGAAUCGAUUAUAUGAAUGCCGCUAUACCAUAGUUCGAAUAGCCAAGUGUCUGCUAACCAAGAUAGAGAGUGAUGAAGAAUAAAUGACGGGCAUAAUAAGGGACGCCACCGGUGUCACCAACGUAGAACUUAGGGGAG